AUGUCCUAUCCAGCUCUGACUCCGACUCGACCACUGCCAGGAACAUAUUUUCAGACCCCUGCAGCAGCCACUUUCCACAAUGGAGCGCUCUUCCAGACAAGGACGACGCCCUCAGCGCCCGCUGCGCAGCCGGACCUCACCGCAACAACAACCCUUCAAAAACUGUCGCCGGCAGCACCGAAGACCAAGAGCGAGACCUUGAGCACUCGAGAGCGCGCCGCGCGAACUAUCAAUGAUACUUUGGCACAGGAGGCUCGCUAUCCAGACUUGGACAAUUAUCUUUCUCAAGGGUUUUCAUCAGACUACGAGAUCCCUGUUCACCCAGCAUGGGCCCCAUUUCACAAGAUCAAGAUGUACAACAUCCCCGAUCAAAUCUUCGAUCAAUACAACCGCGCCCAGGUGUCUACGAGCAUGGGCCUCUUUGCUGAACUGAAUCAUGCUUGGGUUGCCAUUGACAAUGCGCUCUAUCUUUGGGACUACACCCACCCCAACCCUCAGCUGGUUGGCUACGAGUCUCAGCCCAACAGCAUCAAUUCUGUCAAGCUUGCCAAACCACGACCGGGCGUUUUCCUUCCCUCGAUCACGCAUAUCUUGGUGGUUGCUACGACUGCAGAUAUCAUUCUGCUGGGUAUGGGUUGCGAAACGGCUACCGGCGGUGCAAAGCAGGUUACAUUGUAUCAAACCGGAAUGUCGACUUCCAUUCGUGGGCUCGAUAUUCAUGUCAUUGCUUCGUCAGACGUGUCGGGUAGGAUUUUCUUUGCUGGGUCAUCUGACAACGACGUCUACGAGUUCACAUACCAACAAGAAGAGAAAUGGUUUCAAGGACGGUGUGCAAAGGUGAACCAGACUAGUUCACGCUUUUCGUCUUUUUCGCCGUCAUUGAGCUUCAGCCAAAAGCAAUUGGAGUUUGUCGAACAGAUGGUUGUGGAUGAUACCCGAAAUCUUCUGUACACAUUGUCGUCUCUAUCUACGAUUAGGGUUUUCCAUCUAAAAUCAGAUGGGUCGUUGGCAUUGGCUAUUACCAAACCAGCUAUUGACAUAUAUUCCAACAUCGGCCAUAUUAUCCCAUCUAACGAGGCAUUGAACCCGAAAGUGAAGAUUGUCUCCAUCAGUCCUGUGCCAACGCCCGAAGCAUCGAGAUACCACCUCGUAGCCACGACGGCUACUGGCUACCGGAUCUAUCUCAGCGCAACAGGAUCCUACAGCUGGUCGCCCACACCAAGCGGUACUAGCCCUCCUACUAGCAUGCAAGCCCAUUUCGUGAAAACCCCUCCUUUCGAUACUCAGACUUCAGGUACGAUGCAAUUCCAACAAACUACAACUACUACGAAAGUUCCUAUUCAUACUCUCGAUCCUACCCGUCUGGCUCAACGUUUCCCCCCCGGAUACUUUUUCUGUUUCACAUGUAGAGACCCUUCACGGAAAGAGGACACCCUUUUUAUCUCAGCGCCGGAUUCUGGUCGCAUUGCUCGUGCGCACGAGAACGUUGUUCCUCCGAAACCUUCUGAGUCGGCGAUCUGGCUUUCUUUGGGCAGCAGAGCAGAAGAUAUUGGAUUGUGCUCAACUCCUCUGGCAGCUGUCGCAUCUGCCAAUGGGUUUGGAAAUGAACUGGCUAUUCAGUAUGACCAAAGCGCAGCAGAAUUCGCGAUCUUGACGAACACGGGAGUUCAUGUGAUUCGCAGACGUCGUCUUGUCGAUAUUUUUGCCGCGCUGGUACGCCAUGGAGGUGGUGAUGAUGGAUUGGAGGGCGAUACUAAGAGUUUUAUUCGAGUUUAUGGACGCAGUGAGGCUCUUGCGACUGCUCUGGCUGUCGCAUGUGGGCAAGGAAUGGAGAUCUCCUCGGACUCUCGCCUUUCCAAAAUCAACGACCCAGAUGUGCUAGAGUAUGCACGGAAAGUUUUCAUCGAAUAUGGUGGGCGGCCAUCUAUGAAUGAAAAUGCUGUUGCCGACAACAGUACACCAGCCAUUGAUGCAAUUCUGCCUUCGCCUCGUCAUGCCGGUAUUGCAUUAUACAUGUCACGGCUUCUCCGUUCUAUCUGGAAAAAAGAGAUUGCUGUCUCAAAACCGUCAAAAACUGGUCCGAUUGACGUGCUACCUUCCGUGAGCAUCGCCAAGUUGCAAAGCAUCCAGCGAGAUUUGUCUUCACUGCAGGACUUUUUCAAGGCCAACAAGAGCUUUAUUGAAGGACUCAGUGGGCCUGAGGCACUCUCGCGUGCAGCCACGAAGCAGGAAGAAAUUGCUUUGCAAGCAGAACACCGUGCUCUGCAUUCGCUGGUGCAGCUCCUGUCGGAUACCAUUGAAGGCAUCUCUUUUGUUCUGGUAUUGUUCGACGAGCGCGUCGAUGAGAUUGUCCUUGCUCUGCCGGAAGAAGCCAGACAGCGGUUCUUGAAGCUUACCUUCGAGGAGCUAUUCAGCAGCGGCAAAGGGUACGAGAUCGCCAAGGAGCUGGUCAAAGCAAUAGUGAACAGAAAUAUCGCAAAGGGAUCCAAUGUGGAAACAGUCGCUGAUGCUUUACGGCGUCGGUGUGGCAAUUUCUGCAGCGCCGAGGAUGUCAUCAUUUUCAAGGCCCAAGAGCUGCUCAAAAGGGCUACUGAAGCAGGUGCAAACUCGGAAUUGGGACGAAACCUCCUCAACGAAAGUUUGCGCUUGUUCCGCCAGGUUUCGGAGGAGCUUCCAAUGGACAAUCUCAUGUCUGCUGUGGAGAGUUAUAUUGACAACCAGUUCUUUGCGGGCGCUAUCCAACUUUGUCUCAAUGUUGCUGAGAGCUCCGACAAGGCCAACUUGGCUCUCAACUGGAUGAUGGAUGGUCGUCAAGAAGAGGACUCGCGUAAGGCGUACUUUUCGUUCCGCAAGCAGUGUUACGAGCUCAUUUUCAAGAUUGUUGUUGCUGUGGACAAGUCCGCAGCUUCUGACCCGGGCGUGAUUGAUGGCCAAUUCACGCCACUUGCCAAGCGACGAAACGAGGCCUAUGCUGUUAUCUCCGACUCUAAUGACGAAGUCUUCCUCACUACCUUGUAUGACUGGUACCUGGAGCAAGGCUGGAGCGACCGUCUUCUUGCAACCCAAUCGCCUUUUGUCGUGACGUAUUUGGAACGCAAAUCAAUUGACGAUAUUUUCCAUGCCGAUCUGCUUUGGCGUUAUUAUGGGCAGUCUGAAAGAUACUUUGAUGCAGCCAGAGUGCAGUUCCAACUUGCGCAAAGUGCGUUUACUCUGCCCCUGAGCCGGCGCAUUGAAUACCUCGGACAAGCCCGUGCCAAUGCUUCGACGUUUACUCACGAGAUUGGCCGUCAAUCUCGACAAAGGCUUCUGCAGGAGAUUGGCAAUCUCAUGGAUGUUGCCAAUAUUCAAGAUGAUCUGCUGCAACGGUUGAAAGAGGAUGAGCGACUAGACAACGAAAAUAAAGCCGAAGUAUUGAAAGAAAUCGAUGGGCCGAUUCAAGAUCUCACACUGCUUUUCAAUAGAUAUGCGGACGCAGGCGGCUACUGUGAUAUAUGCCUUCAGAUUUACUACGCAGCAGAUCACCGGAACACAACCGAUAUACUAUCGACAUGGGAAACGCUCUUAGAUCAGGUUCACAUCGCAACGGUCGAAAAAGGCCAGGCGCAGCCGUAUGAAGCAGUGAUCCAAAAGGUCCGGUCGCUAGGCAGCCGGCUUCGCAUGUCUGAGAUUGUGUUCCCGAUUGCACAGAUUAUCCCCAUGGUUGAGCGGUAUUCGCUGCAGUACCAACGAGGCGUUGGACCGCCGACAUGGGUGGUCGACUUGUUUUUAGAUCUGGAGGUUCAGCACGAGACCAUCUACACGACGCUAGAGAAUAUGUUCUAUAACGACGAAGCGCCCUUUACGGGCUCGAACAAGAGGUUUAUAGCUAGCGAUCUUCUGUACAUAAUUCAGCGCUGGUACAGCGAUACGCUGCGCGUUGGCGGCGCCGUUUUUGGAAGCGAUGUUAUGGCUACGAGGAUCUCGGAGAUGCUGGUUCUGGUGCAACAGGCUGGACUGCCAGGCGAGUUUGUGCAGUUGGCUCAGGAGUUGCGCGUGCAGAUUGACAGCAGCAUUCGAUAA